AUGACCAAAGGUUGUCUGUUUGAAGACGAGCUCUGUACACCGUAUGAGUUCUGCGUCAAUGACAGAGUGUUUGGAAGGUGCCAGGAGUUGGCCGGUGCAAACCUGUACACAUACGAUAUUUCUUCCUCUGCUUUGCAGCGCCUCAGGAUCCUCCUACAGAAGCUGGCUCACAGAGGUUUGACAUGGCAGGACGACAUCACUCAGCAGGUCAUUUCUAGAGAGCUCUCUAAACUGAGGAACGUCCCUCUCCGCCAUCAGACUGCACCUCCAAGCCUGAGCAGCUCCAGAGACAGGAAACUAAGGCCUGCGCAGGCUGAGCUGAACAGAAACCUUCAGCAGUACCUGACAGGCCUGGGUUUCCUGCCACACUCUGAGGUUGAUGGACAACCAGGAAUCCAACGAGGGGGAGACAGCAAUCAGAAUGGAGACAUCAAGUCUGAUCCUCAUUUGGAGCCCGGCCGGGCAAAACCCCAGCAGGGCUGGAAGGAGACCACUCUCUACAGCGUUCAUAAAGGAGACGGCCAACCUCCUGUCACCAAAGUCUUCACCCAGAGUGGAGAGGGCAGACACCCCAAGCUCAGUUCAACCUACUCUAACCGGGACCCAGGAAGGAGCAAACCACUGUCCAGCCAGCUGGAACGGCUUCUUGCUGAGGUACCGAGCGUGCAGCAGGGCACCCCAGGUGGCAAAGCUGCGUGGCCCAAAGGAAAGCUCCACUACCUCAGCUACAUCCAGCCAGCGCAGAGUGACCACACAGAGCCGCAGUCUCAGGUGGCUUUUGGCUUCAAAUCCCAAAGGCCUAAUCUAGAUAGACUUCUGCUCAAGGCCGGCUCACACCGACUGACUGCCAAAGAGCCUCUUAGUGUCGUGGACGAGCGAUUCAUCCAGAAUAUGGUGAACCAGCUGGGAAGGCACAGCAUCAACAUGGAGGCUUUGAUGGACAAAGACCUAGACCAGCUGGCUGAGGUCAUCACAGGAACCCUGCAGGAGGUGCAUAAGGAGCAGCCAGUGGUUGGGGCCCAGCCAGGACCAGGAGCAGCUGACUCCAGGGGGGACAAGGAGGCCAACAGGGAGCCGCUGGCAGCCAUGCAACUGAAUCAAGACCAGGACCUGAAAUCAGACAAAGGGCAGGAUCCAAACCAAAAAGACAAACUGAGAAUGAAACAGCAAGGCCAACAAGUAGACGGGGCAGACAAAGAGCCUGUUGACAAGCAUGCAGCCUUCUUCUCCAAGUUGCUGGACUAUCUCAACCUGGAGCCCUUCGGUGAUGCUCCGGAGGUCAACAUUGGGCCUCCGGCUCCCCUCCAGAAAAUGGUCGGGCUGGAAAGCGUCCAAAGCCGAACGACGCAGGGGCAAGUUCCUGUCCCCCAACGUUGGGAGGAGAAGACCAUUGCCGUGCCAGCAAAGGAAGGCUCCACUCUUCGUUUAACCGGGGGUGCAGAGGGGCCUGACGCUCAGGUGGACUCAGAGAUCCAGAGGUGGAUGCAGGGGCAUCAGGCCCAAGCGGGGAAGAAGCAGCUGGAAGAGCCUCAGAAGAAGGACAUGAGAGUCAAAACUCAGCUGGUCCACGUGGGGGUGAAGGAGUUUUCCAGCAGAGGGAAGGACAGACACUUUGGCUACAUUAUCACCGGCUCAGACUCCCUUACCACUGACGAGGGCUCGGACCUGAUGGAGCGGCUGACGCAGAGGGUGAACCUCCACGCCACGGACCUCACCCAGCUCUCUGUCUUGGGUCCAGCGUUGACCUUCAGAAUUGGGCCCAACCCCAAGAACGUGACCACUGCAGAUCUGGUUCAGGUUGCAGUUCAACAGAAGCAGCAGCUGGAGAAGGAGACAGGCCUGAAGAUAGUGGAGGCCGGAGUUAGUGAUAGGGGCAGCCUGACCCAGAUCCCCGUGGUGAAGGAGACCAGGGUGGAGUCGGGCCAGUUCCUGCUGCUCUCCGUCCUCUGCAUGCUCUUCAUCCUGGUGGCGCUGGCAGUGUCCGCCACUUUCUUCUGCGUGCGCCAGCGAUCCCACCUCCGCAUGAAGGAGAAGCUGGCCAGCCUGGGGACUGACACCAGUACUGAUGCCACCGCAACCUAUCAGGAGCUUUGUCGCCAGCGUAUGGCGAUCCGGACGUCAGAGCGAGUCGAGCGGCCUGAGACCCUGCGCCACUCGCGGCUCAACAGCGUCUCGUCCCAGUUCAGUGAUGGCCCCGCAGCCAGCCCGUCCACCCGCAGCAGCACCUCCUCCUGGUGCGAAGAGCCAGUGCCAUCCAACAUGGACAUCUCCACUGGUCACAUGAUACUGUCAUACAUGGAGGACCACUUGAAGAACAAGAACCGUCUGGAGCGUGAGUGGGAGGCCCUGUGCUCCUACCAGGCAGAGCCCAGCGCCUGCAGUGUGGGGCAGAGUGAGCAGAACUCUAAGAGGAACCGCUCAGACGCCGUGGUCGUAUACGAUCAUUCCAGGAUCACCUUGAAAGCGGAGAAUAACCACGGCAACUCAGAUUACAUCAAUGCAAGUCCAAUAAUGGACCAUGACCCUCGCAACCCUACUUACAUCUCCUCGCAGGGCCCACUUCCUUCCACCGUGGCGGACUUCUGGCAGAUGGUGUGGGAGAGCGGCUGCGUCGUUAUCGUCAUGUUGACCCCACUCUCUGAAAACGGGGUGAAGCAGUGUCAUCACUACUGGCCCGACGAAGGAUCUGAUGUCUACCACAUCUACGAGGUCAAUUUGGUGUCAGAGCACAUUUGGUGUGAGGACUUCCUGGUGCGGAGUUUCUAUCUGAAGAACCUGCAGACCAAUGAGACACGCACCGUCACCCAGUUCCACUUCCUGUCCUGGAUGGACCGCGGGAUCCCCAACUCGGCCAGGACUCUGUUAGACUUUCGCAGAAAGGUUAACAAGUGCUACAGGGGUCGAUCUUGCCCGAUAAUUGUUCACUGCAGUGAUGGAGCUGGCAGGAGUGGGACUUACAUUCUGAUUGACAUGGUCCUCAAUAGGAUGGCUAAAGGUGCUAAAGAGAUUGAUAUUGCCGCUACCCUGGAGCACUUGAGAGACCAGAGAGCUGGCAUGGUCCAGACAAAGGAGCAGUUUGAGUUUGCGCUGACAGCCGUGGCAGAGGAGGUGAACGCCAUCCUGAAAGCGCUUCCUCAGUAAAGGCAUCGCAUCCCCCACCUUCUUUUCGCUCGCUGAGCACCAGUUUCCUCUGCCCACUCAAGAUUGACAUCUCUCUCUGCCCUUCCUUCUCCUCGCUCUGUUUCUCUUUUCUGUCUCUGCCUCCUCUUCACCUCUAUAUAUACUGUAUACUUAUGAAUGUCGUGCCAGAUAUCUCACCUGGAUCCAUAUUUCGCAAAGAUUUUGCCUCAGAGUGCGACUGUUGAUCUGGGCUAUGUGUCGUUUUAGCGAUUUAGGAGUGUGCGCACCAGUGGGGCCUGAUCUGAUCUGAUGUGGGACCUUAGAUCAGCCCUCCUACUGUGAGACUUUUGUGUCAAUAUGAACCCUGGUCCUCUAUAACUGUGAUGUUGUUCCUGAACAUACCGUUUUAGUGCCACUGACAAGCUGUUUACGUGAUGUCAAGUGAAGAUUUUUGUUCCAAAAUCAGCUAUCAAAAAACGGAUACAGACGCUAAAUUUAAAAGAAACUAUAGUAAGGCUGCAACUGAUGAUUAUUUCAGUUAUCGAUUAA